AUGAAGAUUGUAUCCAAUUCUUCUUCUUCUUCUUCUUCUUCUUCUUCUUCUUCUUCUUCUUCUUCCUCCUCCUCCUCCUCCCUCUUCUUCUUCUACUCCUCCUCUCUUUACAUUUCUUCUUCGUGUUUUUUUCUCUUCUCCUCCUUUUCCUCCUCCUCCCUCUUCUACUUCUUCUUUCCCUACUCCUCCUCUUUACUCUUCUUCUUCUUCUUUUCUUCCCCCUUCUCCUCCUCCUCUCUCUUCUUCUUCUUCUUCCUCCUAUUUCUUCUCCUCCUCCCUCUUCUUCUUCCUCCAUUUUCUUCUUCUCCUACUCCUCCCUCUUCUUCUUCUUCCCCUCCUUCUCCUCUUUACUCUUCUUCCUCUUCCCCUCCUCCUCCUCUUUCUUCUUCUUCUUCUUGUUUUUUUCUUUUCCUCCUCCUCCUCCCCUCUUCUUUUUCUUUUUCUUCCUUCUCCUCCUCCUCCUUUAUCUUCUUCCCCCUCCUCGUCCUCCUCCUCUUUAAUCAUCUUCUUCUUAUCCUUGUUUUUCUUCUUCUCCUCUUCCACUCCUCCUCUUUUCUCUUCUUCUUUUCAUUCUUCUUCUUCUCCUCCUCCUCCUCCUCCUUCUCUUUUUUCAUCUCCUCCUCCUCCUCCUCCUCCUUCUAUUUGCUGUAUCUCUUCAGUACGUUGGCUCCCUAA